ACACGCAACUCCAUGUCUAGCUUAAAUCAUUCACAGUUUAAAAGGCAUACGAGUAUGAAAUAUUGCAUUUGCAUUAUAAGUUUGGUACUCAUUGCAAGUUGUAGAGGUACGGUUGAAAAAGCCAAGGAUAAUGGUGAUAUUUACGUCGUCAGUGAAGAGAAAUUUCUACGCGAGCAUCAAUUUAUCAUAGAAAAAGAAUAUAUAACCACUGAGGAAUCAAUUGUAAGCUCUACACCUUCCCAUCUCGAUGCAAACAUUAUCGAUUUCGAUCGAGUGAUUGCCACUUGUAAUUCCAGUUUUUCAAUACCAAUGGAUCACUAUCGCACCUUUAAUACAACAGCUGAAUUGCCUGAUGUCGUCGAUAAAACCGGCAUGUGUUUCUUACGUUGCCUGUAUGAAAAAUCUGGUCUAUUGGAAAACUGGAAGCUGAAUACAACUAAAAUUCGUUUAAAUAUUUGGCCAGCAACGGGGGAUUCAAUAGAAGUUUGCGAGAUGGAGGGAGCAAAUGAAAAAAAUCCCUGCGUACGCGCCUAUGAUAUAGCAAAAUGUUUAACAAUAAGAGCUUUGGUGGAUGCCAGGAACCAACCACUUUAAUGGACUAAAGUGAAAAAACAAAUGAUGUUGAUAUAUGUUUUAUGAUUUCCAAUAGGAGUUUCAUGUGCUGCAUCCAUUGCACUUGCAUCUAAUAAAGAGACAAACUAUUAUUCAA